AUGAAGACGCUCGGGCACGCCGAGCCCGGCACUGAGCUCGCUUUGGAGAACUGUCUGCAGUGCGACAGGCGCUCACUGCUGCACCGCUCGCCCCCCGCUACCGACGCUACCUUCGACGAGCUUGCCGACCCGACCCGCCGACCACGUGAGCCGCACGAAGCCAUCGACCCCGAGCUGCUCAUCGUGUUGGACGCCGACGACUCCACACAAGCGUUUGCUGAUGUCGCCACGUUUCUUGCGCAGGCACGGGUCCCCGAUGAUAUUCGAGCUGCCUUGGGACUUGGGCGAAUGGUUGCGCUCCGCAAGCCUACCGGCGGUACCCGUGGGUUAGUAGUCGGUGAUUUCUUCCGGCGCCUCACCGCACGCACACUGGCACAACAAUUUGCACUUUCGCUUGAAGCUGCUUGCCGCCCACACCAAUAUGCCCCCGGCAACCGUGCAGACCUGGAUGCUUUGGCGCAUAAUGAGAUCCGCGAGGAGCUUGGUGAACGCAUCCGUGCUUACCUCGACGAUGUCACCAUCCGCGCGUCGCCUCAGCGAGCGCAGCACUUGGUUCGGCGCUUCGGGUCACACCUUGCACACCACACACGGCUGCGUCUCAAUGUCGCCAAUACGGCCCGUUGGAAUGAGGCUGGCGUCGCCCCUGACGGCCUGCAAGCUAUCCACUCUGACGGUCGCGUGUGGUUCGGUGACCAGGCGCUUGAACCCACAUCCCGCGGCAUGGUGUUGCUUGGCACUCUCUUCGAUUCGCCGCAAUUCAUCGCAAAUCACCUCCAGUCUUUGAGUGCCCGACACCGGGAACUCUUGCACAUGUUGCCGCGCAUUGGUGACACGCAAGUCGCCUGGCUGUUGCUGCUAUACACCGCGGCCCCGCGAACCCAGUUUGCGUUGCGUUUGCUUGCGCCGGGGCUCACGGGUGAGUUUGCGGUUGCACAUGAUGGGGCUGUGCUCGACACCUUGAGCACAUUUCUUUGUGCGGGGGAGCCUUCCUCGCUCCCACCUGCUGCCUCCCGUGUUGCACCGCUUGCCUUGCGUCAUGGCGGCCUUGGCCUGCGUAGUGCUGCGCUGCACGCGCCAGCUGUUUUUUGGGCGUCGUGGGCUGAUGCAUUCACUGUUCUGUCCGUUCGGGAGGCACCCUUCCUACAAGGUUUGGCACGAGUUUUGGCAACCUCUCUGCCGGCACUCCGAUUCCGGACCUGCUCGAAGCCACUGACGUGCUCGUCGCGGCCGGCUUCCGCGCCUCCGCUUGGGCUGACUUGCCCCAGCAUGCCUCUGUGCAGCCAGCCGACGACACUGAACCAGAGGUCGCCUUGCAUGGCUGGCAGCGCCCUGCUUCUAAAGUCCUUGAUGAUCUUGCUCUCGCUGAACAUCGCCGCAGUGUUGGCCCUGCCGAGCUCACACUGUUGGACUCACCGUCGGGCCCAUUUGCAACCCGACGCCGCCACACUCCUCGAGCUGCCCCCCGCAGCCGAGUUGGGCGAAGGACCCAUGCCCGAUUUGCAUGAGGUCCUNNGAUGCGCGCUGGGACUGAUGCAAGCGGUGCUCCCGCGGCCGCGGGUCCUGCCUGGAACGCGCCGUCCCACCCUCUCUGUGGUAAGCUGCCUCCCGCUGGUGGGCCGACGACAGACUCUUUCUUCACUGCUGGCGCAAGAAGGCGUGUUAAAAAAAAACAAAGGAUUCUCACGGUGCGUCCUACUGUUCCUGCGCUCGCCGUCGACUCGGCCCCUUUCCGCGUGUUACUGCUCCGUCGCCUCCGACUUCCUCUGCCGCUGGCCCCAGCUCGCUGCCGUUGCCAACGCCCGUUGGAUGUCUUGGGUGAUCAUGUCGCAGCUUGCCCCUGGUCCGGCACCUUACGUCAACGAGGUGGGCCGCUUGAGCGGCAGCAACCGACAACAACCCCAUGUUGCUGCACGCUGCAGUGGGAGGGCGGUGCGUGCUCGCGCUCGAGCCAAUAACCGGACGAAGUUGGCAGCUUCAGCACUCCAACGUCCGCCAACCUCCAUGCCCAGAACGACCAAGCGGCACCGCGACGACCGCCCGAACUCAGGGUAG